CUUCGUCAACCUGUUCAUACUCCACACACUUCAAACUUCGGGGUAACAAAUUAAGUUCAUGGCUUCAUCUGAGGACGAGGGUGAAAUUGUUCCUGAAUGCAUCACUAAUUACCUGUUCUACGACUCCAAUGGUAUACCUGCUUCAUUUGCUCUUUUGCCUCUUCAGUGGGACGCUUCUAGCGGGGGUUCUGAUUCAUCAAGCACCCAUCUAUUCAUAUGUGGAGUUGAAGAUGAAGGGAUCCAAAAAAUUUACAAGAAGGUUGUGGCAUGGAAAUUUGAAUUUUCCUAUCACCAGCCAGAAAUUUAUGUGCUGCUUCCCAAAUACAAUAUCUGGGUAAAGCUAUUGAAACCCAAGAAGAGUUAUGAGGUGCUCAUCAAACCUGCCUUGACUGUUGUCCACUGUCUAAAUUUUGUGAAAUAUAACCCCCUGGGAUCUAGAGAAGCUCUAUGGAAUCACAUUAAGAAAACCUUUAGUGCAUAUGAGGUUCUUCCUUGUGAAGAUGAUCUGUUGAAACACUUGUCUGUACUCAGAGACACUGCUCUUAGGGACAAAGAUGUAUCAAAAUCUCAGUACUUGGCUGGAUUUCUUGAGGAGACAUCUAUGGACCAUACAGGUGCUUGUGAGGUAUACAAAGCAUCUAAGAGACAGAAAUUUAUAGUUGAUGAGGACAACAGCAGUAGUGACGAUGGUGAUGAUGGCGAUCAUGAUGAUGCAGAUGAUGACGACGAAGAAGAUGCAAUAUUCGAUCAUGUAUGCGCACUUUGUGAUAAUGGGGGCGAACUUUUGUGUUGUGAAGGUAGAUGCAUAAGAUCCUUCCACCCAACUAUAGAAUCCGGUGCUGAUUCUCUUUGUGAGUCUCUUGGCUAUACUAGUCAGAGAGUAGAAGCAAUUCAGAAAUUUAUUUGCAAAAACUGUCAAUAUGGGCGGCAUCAGUGCUUUGCAUGUGGCUUAUUGGGCUGCUCUGACAACUCUUCUGGGGCAGCUGAGGUGUUUCAAUGUGUAUCUGCAACUUGUGGCCAUUUCUAUCAUCCAAAGUGUGUGUCAGGGCUAGUGUAUCCAUCUGAUAAAGCUCAGGCCAAGAAAUUUGAGAAAGAAAUUGCAGAUGGAGAACCAUUUACAUGUCCUGCUCAUAAAUGUGUUUCAUGUAAACAAGGAGAGGAUAAGAAGGUCCAUGAAUUGCAAUUUGCUGUUUGCAGACGCUGUCCCAAGGCAUACCAUAGGAAAUGUUUGCCAAGGAGUAUUACUUUUGCUGAUAGCCAAGAAGGCGAUGGAAGGGCAUGGGAUGGACUAUUGCCUGGUCGUAUCUUGAUAUAUUGCAUGGAACACAAGAUGAUUCCUGCAAUCGGCACUCCACGAAGAGAUCAUAUCUUAUUUCCUUAUGAAGACCGUAAAGAUAAGCAGAAUUCUGGUCAAAUGCCAGGAAAAGAAACUGUACUCUCUGAUAGGAGAAGUAAGAUCUAUGGAGGUCUGAAAAGAACUGUGGAAGGAGAACAUGAGAAACAAGUCCAGAGGUUUUCUGGAGAACAAAUCAAAAGAGACAGGAUCCCACUGAAAGUAGCUCAAAUGUUGCCAUCGCGGUCAUCAUUUCUUAAGAUCCCCAAAAUAACAAUCAAGCGUGCUGGUAUUGACAUAAGCAAGUCCAGAGAAGCCGUUCCUAUGAGGUUGAUUUCUAAGGAGCAAAAUGUGGUGAAAAAUGAAAUGACGGUGAAGGAAAACAGUGAAUGGCCUUUGCGGGAUGAGACAAAGAAGAGAAUAUUUGCACUCGUGGAAAGUGUUGAUUCUUCCUUUGAUGAACAUGAAUAUAUCAUGGACCAUAAAAGGAAAAGCAUUCAUACUUUUUCCUCGAGAUUUGAUGAUGCAAAGACCAUUACUGAAGUCAAAGUGGAGCGUGCUGUGCAGGCUGUGCGAGCAGCCCUGAGAAAACUAGAAGAAGGGCACAGUAUAGAAGAUGCCAAAGCUAUUUGCGAACCUGGGGUUCUCAGGCAUGUUUUCAAAUGGAAGAAGAACUUAGGUUCUUAUAUCGCUCCUUUUCUCAAUGGCAUGCGGUAUACAUCUUUUGGCCGACACUUCACAAAACUUGCCAAAUUAAAAGAGAUUGUUAAUAGGCUCCGGUGGUAUGUACAAGAUGGCGACAUGAUCGUGGACUUUUGUUGUGGUUCAAAUGAUUUCAGCAUCCUGAUGAAAGAGGAACUUCAAAGAAUGGGGAAAGUCUGUCAAUUCAAAAACUAUGAUCUCAUACGACCUAAGAACGAUUUCAACUUUGAGAGGAGAAAUUGGUUGAGUGUUGAAGUUGGAGAAUUACCUGAAGGGUCUAAUUUGAUCAUGGGGCUAAAUCCCCCUUUUGCCAAUGCCUAUGAGUUCCUGAAUCAAGCUCUAAAGUUCAGACCAAAGCUUCUAAUUGUCACUGUCCCUAAGAGCACUAAAAGGCUUGACAAGAGAAAGGAUCCAUAUGAUAUAGUCUGGGAAGAUGAAGAGAUACUGGCUGGCAAGUCGUUUUACCUGCCCGGAUCAUUGGACGUGCACGACCAUCAGAUUGAAGGGUGGAACAAAAAGUCGCCACCGUUGUAUUUAUGGAGCCGUCCUGAUUGGACCGCUGUGCACAAGGCGCUGGCUCUCAAGCACGGCCACAUUGCCGAACCGGACCAACAUGUGAAUGAAGCCGGGACACCCGGUUUUUCGAAUGUCAUAGGUGGUGGGUAUCGUCGAUGGUCUCGGCCGCCGGACAUCAUCUCCUUCUGUGAAUCGGCGCAGUCUCUCCGGCAAAUUCAGCAGACUCACGCUCAGGCCGUCCUCCAUGGCGUCCUCCCGGCCAGCAUUUCAGUGUCCGCCGCGCUCAUUCUCCGGUACGCGCUUUUUGGGUCGAGCCGGAAAACCUGCCAGAUUCUUUUUUCGCAGAGCGCCGGAUUCGCUCUCUCGCCGUUCCUCCACAACACCCUCAUUCGAGCCCAUGGGAUGCUUGGGGUGUGUUGCAGGGAUGGGUUUUUGGUGUAUAAUGAAAUGUUCAGGAGAGGUGUUAUGCCGGAUGAUCACACUUUCCCCUUUGUGCUUAAGCUGUGUUCGGACCUUUUGGAGGUCCGGAAAGGGUUGGAGGCUCAUGGGAUGCUGUUGAAGCUGAGCUUCGAUUCGGAUGUGUAUGUGAAUAAUACUCUGUUGAGUUUCUAUGGGAGCUGUGGGGAUUCGUUGGCUGCACGAAAGGUGUUUGAUGAAAUGCCUGAGAAGGAUUUGGUGUCUUGGAACUCGGUUAUCCGGGUAUUUUCAGACAAUUCUUGCUGGUUUGAUGCGCUCAAAGUGUUCAAGGAAAUGUUUUCUGCGUCUGAAGUGAAGCCGAACAAUGUGACUGUGGUAAGCACACUGCCUGUUUGUGCAGCCCUUGAGGAUAGCAAGGUGGGUAGAGGAGUUCAUUGUUAUAUUUUCAAAGUGGGUUUAGAUACUCAACUUAGCAUCGGGAAUGCAUUAAUUGACGCAUAUGGUAAGUGCAGAGAGGUGGAAGCUUCAAGACGAGUGUUUGAUGAGAUGACCGAGAGGAAUGAUGUCACAUGGAAUGCAAUCAUUGUCAUCUUAGGUUACAAUGGGUGUUAUGAACAAGCAUUUUCUAGUCUCAGGUUGAUGAUUUAUGAGCCAGUUGAUUUAAACUCUACUACAAUUUCAAGUGUUCUGCCAAUCUUGGCUGAACUGGGUUAUUUUUGCAAGGGAAGGGAAGUUCAUGGUUUCUCUGUGAGGAUGGGUUUGGAUAGGGAUGUCUUUGUAUCAAACUCACUGAUUGAUAUGUACUCUAAAUCAGGGCAUUCGACAAAAGCGUCCAAUGUAUUUCAUAAUAUGGACAAGAAGAAUGCCAUAUCGUUUAAUGCAAUGAUUGCAAACUUUGCACAAAACUCUCUGCAGCAAGAGGCUAUAGCUCUUGUGAGGGAAAUGCAAGCUCAGGGUGAAAACCUAACGUCUGUCACGUUCACUAAUCUUCUCCCAGCAUGUGCCAGGCUGGCAUACAUUUGCCCUGGGAAGGAAAUUCAUGCGAAGUCACUCCGUUGCGGGUGUGCCUCUGAUUUAUUCUUAUCCAACGCAUUGAUAGAUAUGUAUUCAAAAUGUGGGUUUCUAAAUCUGGCUCGUAAUGUGUUUGAUAUUUCCCUUAAAGAUGAGGUGUCUUACAACACAUUGAUUGUUGGUUAUUCUCUGACUAAUGAUUGGAAAGUCUCUCUUUCUCUCUUCUCAGAAAUGGGCCAGCUUGGAAUGAAACACGACACUGUUUCAUUCGUGGGGGCCCUCUCUGCGUGCUCUAACGCUUCUGAAAUCAAGAAAGGAAAGGAGAUCCACGGUUUUGCUGUCAGGAGAACCUUCCAUUCACAUCAAUUUGUCGCGAAUUCGCUCUUAGAUUUGUACACAAAGUGUGGGCAGAUUGAUAUCUCCCGGAGGAUCUUUGACCGUAUGUCACACAGGGACGCGGCGUCUUGGAACACCAUGGUUUUAGGGUAUGGAAUGAUUGGCCAAGUUCAAACUGCAAUUGAUUUAUUCGAAUCCAUGAGAGAUGAUGGGGUGAAAUAUGAUUCAGUAUCCUAUAUCGCGGUCCUAUCAGCCUGUAGCCAUGGAGGGCUAAUCGAACAAGGUAGGAGAUUCUUCGACGAGAUGAUUGCUUGUAAUGAUAUCAAACCAACAGAGAAACACUACGCAAACAUGGUGGAUCUACUUGGGAGAUGUGGCCUUGUUGAUGAAGCAGUUCAUCUGGUCCAAAGCUUACCCAUUGAAGCCGAUGCCAAUGUAUGGGGUGCUCUUCUUGGAGCUUGCAGACUACACGGGAAGCUGGAUUUGGGCUGUUGGGCCGCGGAUCAGUUGCUCAAACUGAAGCCAAAUCACUCCGGGUAUUACGCACUGCUGUCCAACAUGUAUGCAGACGCCGGGAGGUGGAAGGACGCUGAUCGAGUUAGGGAGUUGAUGAAGGUGAAAGGGGUGAAGAAAAUGCCUGGGUGCAGUUGGGUUCAGAUGCAGGAUCAGGUUUAUGCUUUUAUUGCUGGGGAAAGAUUUGAACAAUUGGGCUCACAUUUUGUGGGUAGAGAAGUCUGACUAACUGAAAAGAAAGUGAGACGGUUAAUUUAGAACAUAGAGAGUACUUUGUAUCUGAGUACUUUUGAUAUUUUAUUGGACGCUAUAAUAUCUGUUUAUACAUGCUCUCCAACCUACUUAAGAAUGAAGAGUUAAUGGUUUC